CAGGAAUACAAUCCAACAAAGGUGUUCGAAAGAGUUCCAUCAAGUUCCAUCAAGUGCCAAAGUGUAGGUAACUGCACCUUGCCUUCCACAUGCGGUGGGAUACUUGCAUCUCUGUUUUACUGGUCGCUGCAGCCGUCGCCGAGACAUUGUGCAAUGACGUGGCGUCAGAUCUACCCAUCGAGAAACGCGAGAAAAGACAGCUUUCUCUAGGAUCUCUGACGCAAACACUGGGAGGAUCGAAUCGCCGUAACAGCAACAGCAACAGCAACAGAGGACGUACCAGGACUUCAGACCGAAUGACCAAUAGCGAUUACAGAGAUGAACAGAAUACUCCAGAUCUCCACGCAGGAGAUAAUGCUUCAGGGCGGCAGAUACUCGGCGUGCAAGCCCGGCCGUUGAGCACCGGAACCUUGAACAACCUUGGUGGAACCAUGGGGAUAUCGUUGGGCAUCCAGACCGGCGGACUGGGAAUUUCAGGCAACGUUUUAGGACUUGGCGGUGGAACACAGAACUCUGGGUCAGGCGGUGGAGGACAACAAAACUCGGCGCAAAAUGAUCCCUACAACAACAGGCCGAAUUACCAGGCACGCCCGCAACCGAACGGAGGUCAAGGACCUCAGGGACCAGAGUCAGGUAGACCUCAACCCGGCGAAGGACGGCCGCCAGGACACCAAGGGCGGCCGGGCAAUAAUCCUCCAGGUCUCCAAGGUGGGAGACCACCGGGAAGACCCAACCAAGGAUUUGGACCAUCGGGAAGACCUGAGGAUAGACCUGGGAGACCUGAUCAAGGAUUUGGGCCGCCAGGAGAACCUGGAGAACGACCUGGAUCGUAUAAUAAUGCGAGACCAGGGGAAUCGAAUGGCUUUCAAAAUUCAAGACCUGGCGAUGGGGGAUCGGGACAACCUGGUGGACGACCUGGGGAGAGACCUGGGGAUUAUCAAGGGUUCCAAAAUGGAAGACCUGGUGACGAAACGCAAGGAUUACAAGGAGGGGAAUAUAAUAAUAGGCCUGGAGAAUCGCAGGGUUUUCAAAAUGGAAGACCUGACCAGGAUAGAAUUGAAACAUCAGGGCAACGAUUACGACCUGGUGAAGAAACUCAAGGUUAUCAAAACAACAGGCCCGGUGGUGAGUCGCAAGGACAACGUGGGCAAAACGUUGACCAGCAACGUCCAGGGCAGCAGAAUUAUAAUAGACCGAUAACUGAGAACAGUGGUAACCAAAACUCAAGACCAGGACAAAACAACGCAGGGAGACCUGGAGAGACUACAAAUAGCCAACAGAACAACGGAAAUAAUGCUCAACAGUCGGGGAGCCAAAACCGUGACGAAGAUAGAAUCAACCCUUACAAUGCCGUAUCCACCGAGUCACAACCGCAGUCAAACCAAGGACAAGGGAAUAAAAAAUGUCGUGGAAACCAGUACACGUGUCAGAACCGAGAGUGCGUCCCGAGGAACGCCCGAUGCAACGGCAUCAACGAAUGCCAAGAUGGCUCCGAUGAAAACAACUGCUACUCAGGACAAAACCGUCCAGACCAGGGUUCAUCUAGCGAUUACACCACAGCGGCACCAACCGGUUCGGCACACCCUAGUGCCACAAGUGGUUGCAUUCUGCCGGAACAACCAACGGGAGGGCGGUAUGAACUUGACUCAUGCAAGAGACCAUGUGUGCCCACCCCAGGAUCUACAGUCGCCCUCAGCAGCUUCCUAACGUACAGCUGUAACGAGGGCUACAAUCUGAAGGGCAACAAUGUUUCUUUUUGUCAUAACAAGGCGUGGUACCUGCCCCCAACUUGCGUCAAAACUUGCUCACCGCUGAAAUCGAACAGCGUCGAUAUUAUCUGCAAGCUUGACGGUGCGAUCGUUUCCUGCGAAUCCAACAUCUCGCCGGGUACCAAGGCUACAUUAGCCUGCAAGCAUUCCUACAAACUUCCACUCGCAGAUGAUCCUGUGUACAGGGAUCUAACUUGCCUUGAAGAAGGAGUCUGGGACCGUACCCUGUUUCGUUGUCUGCCUGAAUGCGGAACGGCAGUGGCACACGGAAAUACUCUGAUUGUCAACGGUUUUACGGCGAAACUUGGCGUUUUUCCUUGGCACGUUGGGAUUUAUCAGAGAACCUCGGCCGGAUCUUACAUGCAAAUAUGCGCCGGAACCUUGAUCAGCCCUGUCCUCGUUAUAUCCGCUGCGCACUGUUUCUACGACGAUACUGUCAACGAAGUGGAAGAUGCUAGCAAUUACGCUGUAGCAGCGGGUAAACAUUACCGAUCUUAUAACGCGCAUGAAAAGUACGUGCAGAAGUCUAUGGUAAAAAAAAUUGAUGUUGCAACGAGGUACUACGGAGCCAGCGGGAAUUUUGCCGAAGACAUUUCUUUGGUGCAUCUGGAGACCACGUUCACUUUGUCAACAUUGGUCCGUCCGAUUUGCAUGGAUUGGGACAACAGAUACGAGAGAGAACAGCUCCAGAGUGGAAAAACUGGAAAGGCCGUGGGUUGGGGCAAAAACGCGGCAGGAGUUCCGAGCGAAGAGCUUCAAGAGAUAAACUUGCCCUUUAUCCCGUACCAACAAUGUGUAUCUGCAGUUCCAGAAGAGUUCAAGGGUUAUGUCACAGCCGAUAAAUUUUGUGCUGGUUACUUGAACGGAUCCAGUCUUUGCGAGGGUGACAGUGGCGGUGGAUUAUGUUUCCAACUCGAUGGUCUCUGGUACCUGCGUGGUAUCGUUAGCGUCAGCCCCGUGUCCCAAAACACGUGUGACAAUCAUUAUUACACAGCGUUUACGAAUGUUGGACGUUUCCGCGAGUGGAUACGCGCUGCCUAUAUUAGUGCAGUAUGAAUAUAACCAUACAAUUAGCAUGUUUUUUCACGAUCUAUUGUAUAGUCUUCUAUCCAUCUAUGGUAUCUUCAACCCAGGAUUAGUCGCUUCUGCAGGAAUCGAUUGUUUAAAAACAAUUACUCACUGUUUACUUUACAACCACGGAGUAAAGGGUCGUUCAACUACCCUUACGUAACUACAACGACUUUCUAGACCAGUUAACCAGCUCCUGGGUGCGACAAAAUUCACUUUUCAAUAACUGAAUUUUACCCUAAUUAUAUGUACAAUAUUUUGACGAUAAUGUUUUAUUAUUAUAUAUCCUGAAUUAUUUUACACUCUGACGCAUAUAUAUCCAGCUACGUUUCAUUUCAAGUAAAGCAUAGAAGAGAGCGUGGCAAAUUCACCGUUUAAGAUCACUCAAGCACGGAUUGGAGUCGUCCUAUGCAUGUACAUUGUACAUAUAUAUGUAACAGGGUGCACCGAAAGUACUAGGACCCCUGAGUACUUUUUUAACGGGUGCAGACAUCGACACGAACAUUUUGGAAGGGUGUGCAAUACCUAACCAGACUUAGAGGGAUGGAUGGAAAAUCUUAAACGACGAGGAGGAGCGAGUAACGGCUAGUUUCAAAGACCUUUUUGAGCAGAACAUUCGCACCAAAUUUGAGACUGAUUUGUUUAGUGAAUCCAAAAUAUAAGCUCUUAAGGCCACUCUAUAAGCUAUUCCGAAGAAAGUAAUAGUUUUAAUACCAUCGCAUUUCAAUGGCUGAAAUUUGGUGAAGAUGCUUUGUUCGAAAAGAUCUUUUAAACUAGCCAUCACUUGACCCCUGUUCGUUCUAGAUUUUCAUCUCACCUCCCACAUCCCCCCCCCCCCCCCCCCGCAUGUGGAGGGAUUUACCAAUCUCUCCAAAUCGUACCUAUUUGAUCCCAUACAUUAAUCCCUUCGAAUUUAAUUUCAAUAAAUGCACCCGUUUGAACGUUAGUCAGGAAUUCCAGAACUUUAGCUCACCCUGUAUAUAUUGUUUACCAAAUACAUUGUAAAUGAUCAUUAUAGUAGUUACACGUUCAUUCCUAUUCAAGUGCAUAUAUUCUACUUUAAAACACGAUUCCCCCUGGAUCUAAUGUAGAUACAAAACACGAGAAAAAAUCAAUUAACGAACUGUGUGUAUAACUUGGAAUGUUUUUAAUCACGUGUGUUUUUAAAUAAAUAAUAAUGUAUCCAAAUUUUAAUAGAGUGA